AUGGCCGACGACUUUGAUUCAGGAAAUCUGUUCCAGGACCCGGAAGGGUACUAUCCGGAAGAUGAGCCACCCACAUUUGCCGAGCACUCCAUGCUCUCCGGCCAAAAAGUGCGCGUCCGUCUCGUCGGCAGCCACCCCCUCUAUGGAAACCUGCUAUGGAAUGCGGGCCGAACCAGCUCUCAUUACAUUGAGGAGCACACCGAGGAGCUCAUCCGAAACAAGGAUGUCCUUGAGAUUGGUGCCGCAGCAGGCGUUCCUAGCAUCGUGAGCGCCAUUCAGGGUGCUCGCACCGUGGUCUUGACCGACUACCCAGAUCCAGAUUUGGUCUCAAACAUGCAGUACAAUGCCGACUUGUCAGCCAAUGCCAUUCCCGCGAGGGAAGACGGAAAGCCCCGUCUCCACGUGGACGGCUACAAAUGGGGUGACGACGUGAGCAAGCUGCGGGCGUAUUUGCCUCCUGCUGCCGAUGGCUCUCCAUCCCUGUUCGAUGUCCUGAUCAUGGCAGAUGUGGUGUAUAGUCACCGCGAACACCCGAAUUUGAUCAAGACCAUGCAGCAGACCUUGAAGAAGGACCCCAACUCGGUUGCUUUGGUUAUUUUCACCCCAUACCAGCCUUGGUUGUUGCCCAAGACGGAACAGUUCUUCCCACUGGCGGAGGCAAGUGGCUUCACUGUCACUAAGAUCUUUGAAAAGGUGGUGGAUGCUGUCUUGUUUGAGGACGACCCUGGCGAUGAGAAGCUUCGAAGAACCGUGUUUGGAUAUAAGAUCCGAUGGGCACAGGAUCAAUUGGAGGAUCCAUCCAAAGCUGUCUGA